CUCAUCUCUCACAACACGGGAGCUAGGAAGGAGAAUCAGCUGAGCCUUGAUUGUUUCUUCAUAGCUCCUUCCUCUUUCCAUAAUCAACAAACCCAAAACCAGUUGUGCCGAAAAAAUGGCCUAUUAUGAGAUUGCUCCUGUCGAGUGCCCACUUCAGCAAAACGAGCUGUACAUGCACCUGUACCUACGCCAAGCUGACAGGGGACCAAACCGUGACCAAGAAGUAAUACUGAACCCAAAAGUGCGACCCAACGAUUUUGGUCUCACAGCUGCUACUGCAUGGACAAUAUCUGAUUCUCUUGAUCCCAGUGCAAAGAUUGUUGCAAGGGCAGAAGGUUUCCAUAUGCAGACUAGUUACAACAAUACAAGCUGGUACGCUUCCUUCAACAUAGUGUUUGAGGACGACAGGUUUAAGGGAUCUAUGCUUCAGGUGAUGGGCACUACUCCGGCAGAAGGUCAGUGGGCCAUCUCUAGUGGAACAGGGGAAUUUGCCUUGGCUCAUGGCAUUAUCAAGCAGAAAGUUAUCCAGUCAACUCCUGGCGAAAAUGUUAAAGAACUUCAUGUCCAUGCAUUCUACACUCCAAUGAAUGAUUCUGUGGUUCCUGGCGCUACCGAUGGGAAGUCCUGGACACUCGGGGCUUAAAACCAAAAGCUACUUCCAUGCAUGGUUUUGUGCUGUUCCAGUGUGUUACUUUGUAUUGUGACGAACAAUAAUUUGGGCACCAAAGCAUUAUUUCUCAAGAGUAGGAAAAAAUCAUAUCCUACUUCUCAAAUCGAGUAAAAUUUGAAGAAUGGUUCAUGGAAACGACAGGUUCUAUAUCGAUCCUGGCCUACUCAAAGAUCCGUUGUGUAGUUGUAAUUGUCAUGUUGAUUUCAAGCUCUAUGGAUGAAACUAGUAAUAAAUUGAAGUGCAGUUUGUUGUGUCGACAAAAGAUUAUGUGUACUGAUCACCUGGAUUAAUUAUAUAUACCGUAGCACUUGGUUAUUGUUAA